ACGGGCCGCUCGGUGCGAGGCCCCGGACAUGCCAACCAAGCAGAAGGCGGCGGACGGCGGCGGCGCCGGCGCCGAGGAGGACGGGGACAGUCCGGUACCGGCAACCGGCAGCGGCACCGGCCGCGUAAUGGAGAACGAUGUCCUCGACUCGCUGGAGGACCUGGGAUACAAGGGUCCGCUACUGGACCAUGGUGCUCUGGAGUUGGCAGCAGCUGACGGAGCAGCUUCUCCAGAAUAUACGAAACUAUGUGCCUGGCUUGUAAUGGAACUGAAAGCUUUCUAUAAACUGAUCGAAAAUGUCAAUGCAACUGCUAGUCCCACGGAAGCUGAAGAAUUUCAGCUGGAAAUGAGUGGAUUACUAGCUGAAAUGUAUUGUCCCUAUACGGUUCUGACUACUGGAGAUGUCACUAAACGUCUUCUCAACACAAAUAAUUGCCUUUUACUGCUAACUUACCUGAUCUCUGAGCUUGAAUCUUCUCGGAUGCUUGGUGUGAACAGCCCACCCAAAAAGGAACCAGAUAAGACAAGUAAUUCCUUUAUGGAGCUGAAAACCAUUUGCAUUACUCUGGGUAUGUCCAAACCCCCAGAUAACAUCACCAUGUUCCAGUUCUUCAGUGGGAUUGAGAAAAAGCUAAAGGAGUCUGUGUCAAAGGUACCUCCUAAUCAUGUGGGUAAACCUCUGGUGAAAAAAGCACUUGGCCCACUUCAUUGGGAAAAAUUAGAAGCCAUCAAUCAUAUCCUCGUAAAGGAAUAUGAAGUACGACGAAAGAUGUUACUGAAACGUAUGGAUGUAACCAUUCAGUCUUUUGGGUGGUCUGACAGAGCUAAGAGCCAGGUUGAAAAAUUGACUAAAGUCUACCAGCCCAGGCGUGCAACUCUGAGUUCAAAAUGCACCAUUUCUGUUGCACACCUACUGGCUGCUCGAGAGGAUCUGUCCAAGAUUAUGCGAACCAGCAGUGGCAUCAUUCGAGAGAAGACUGCAUGUGCUGUCAACAAGGUGCUUAUGGGAAGAGUGCCAGACAGAGGUGGCAGGCCAAAUGAGAUUGAGGCCCCUCCGCCUGAGAUGCCACCAUGGCAGAAGAGACCCGAUAACUUCCAAUCUAGUGGUGGACGAGGAGGUGGAAGAGGUGGAUAUGACCAAGGGUCCCAUGGAAGAGGUGGAUAUGACCAAGGGUCACACGGAAGAGGUGGAUAUGACCAAGGGUCCUAUGGAGGAGGUGGAAGAGGCGGAUAUGAUCAAGGAUCCUACGGAGGAGGCGGAAGAGGCGGAUAUGAUCAAAGCGGGAGAGGUGGGGGCCGAGGUGGCUAUGAUAGGACAGAACAAGGAGGACGUGGAGGAGGCAGAGGAAAAGUUCAAGGUGGAUGGUCAGAUGGAAGUGGUGGUCAUCAAGAUUCUAGCUACCAAGGGCAUGGUGGCUACAGAGGUGGUGGUAGCUAUCAAGGGGGUAACUACCAUGCAGGUGGUAGCAACUAUCAAGGGGGUAGCUAUCAAGGAGGUGGUUACCAAGGACAUCAAGACAGCAGAUAUCAAGAUGGUGGCCAUGAUCAGGGUGGAGGACGAGUUGCAGGACGAGGAGGUCGUGGCCGAGGGGGUCGUGGAGCGCGUGGGGGUCAAGUUGGUGGUUGGGUCAGCAGAGGUGGACAAAGCUACAACCAGGGAGGACAGUUUGAGCAAUAUUUCCAGCAAGGAGGCCAACAAUAUAAUGCAUCUGGUUUUUAUCAAGGUAGGCAGUAUUCUAGUUAAUAACAUGAUAGUCUUUACUACUGGCUUCAUCUUGUAAGCGGCACAGAUUCUCCCAAACACCAGUUACCAACUCUGGAAUGCCACUAAAAUUAAAUACAUUAUAUUGUAUCGGCAGUGUUGCAGAUGUGUUAUCCAAACAAACACAAAGCAGAAAAGCCUUUCUUCCAGCAGAAGUGAAAGCUUGUGAUUCUAAACCUUUCUCUUCCUGCCUCUUACACCCGCAUCCCCCCCCCCCCACCCCCCCACUUCUCAAAAAAAAGGUUUACAACAUGAAAUUGUACUUGAAGCGCAGCAAAAAAAAUUGUACGUUUUUCUUUUCUGCAUGUGUAGAUGCCACUGGCGCAAUUAGAAUUCUUAUUUUAUUGAAAGUGCACUACAUACUGAGUAUUUGAGCCCAAAUUAAACCCGCAUUCCCCUUUCCAUUGGCUGACAUUUUCAGCAGACGCAUUUGCAGAGCUUGCGAUUCCCUUGUAUUCUAGAUGUGAAGCCACUCGGUUGUUCUUGCUGGCUGGUAAUUGUAAAUACAUGUAAACUCGACAAGCAGAGUGAGUGAUGGGGUGAAGCUGCAUGAGAGGUGAGCAAUAAAGUAUCUGUAUGUUGUUUUACUGUUUGGAAUUGUUGAGUUUUUUAACUCCGGUUACAGGUGAUGAGGGAAAUCCUUUUGAGUCAAAAGUGAUUUCUCCAUCAACAUUUUUGUUUUAAAUAUGUAUGUUACGAGUGUAGUUUUGCCAAAUAAUUAAUUGAGAAAUUGUGAUUGGGUAUCAUCCAUGGUUCUUUGCUUAUUUCUGACUUGUGUUUAUCAGAGGUUUCCUGUUUAUCAUCCUAUUUGCAAAUACGUGUGAUUUGAAAACUGCAGAAGAUAUUUACCACAGAAAGGGCUAAUUGUUGGGUUUGAAUAAUGCAGCCUUAAAUUAUGAUGCACAAUGCCUAUAAUUCUACAGACGGGGGAGAAUGUUGACCAAGCGUGGCUGAUCAUAAUGCUCAGUGAUUUGUUCCCAUGGACGGCUCCAUCCGUACUUUAUUAAAGUUGAGUCCGUUUCUGAGGAUAUUAAUCCAUGGUCAAAAUGCUGGAAAUAAAAGGAAAUUUGAAACGUUAUCCUACAUACACACUUGUGUGUUGUGAUUUCAGUGAUAAUCUCUUUAAUUUGAGCAAAAGUGUUUGUUAAUUUUUAUUUUGACUCUUGAAUCACAACCUUUGUAGUCACUGCUCUAAAUGUUGUCAAACAGAAACACGUGUUCUGUUUUAGCCAGUGCUAUGAGCAUUAUGUGUCGAUUAUGAUUACGUGGAUUAGAUUUUCAAAUUAUCAUUUCAUGUACAUAUGUAAUUUUGCACAACAAAAUAGCUUUUUGCAAUUUACCACUCAUUGCAUACUGACUGGAGUUCACUCUUACAAUUACACAGCAACAGUCCUUUAUCAACUUAAGAGCUGCUGUUAUAGACAAGACGCACUUUUAAUUUGCUCCCAGCUUGUUGUUGUGGGCUAAUUGGGAAGAGAUCUUGUAUCUUUAAGGGUUGAUUAUAUAUUUUGCUCUUCAAGCAGUUGUUUAAUGUCCCACAGACUUGCUUGUAGGCACCAGAAGAAAACCAGACUACAAAGUGUUCAGCAAUCAUUAAAAUCAUAAUUUGUUCCCCUUUGUAUACAAAGUUUUUUGUUGAAAAGGAAAUGGCAUUUUAUUUCAUGCCAUUUCCAGAAUUUUCCUACUUUGUCCAAGAAGUGGUGGAAAUUGCAAGCUUCAAAGGAUACUGAAAUUACAAUAUAUAUUGUACUUGUAUGUUUUAAGAAGUUAAAGGUCUAAUCUGCGUUUAAAUGGAAAGAUUAUCUUGAAUCUUCUAUUUGGAUGACAUGUAUUUUGAGGAAUAGACUCUGGCGAGGGAAAUUGUGCUUGGCUGAUGCAAUGUAAUUCCUCCUCAAAUGCUGUGGAAACUAAUGUAGAUUUAAUUUAAUACAGUGGUACAGACAACUGAAUAAAACCUUUCUUUUGUUAUUGAA